UUACUGUUUUUUGUGUGUGGAAAUGAGGAAAAGUGGAGGGGAGAGCUGCUUAUUUAAUAAGGUGGUUUUGGGUCCUGAAUAUUUUCCUAAUAUAAUGUAAAUUGAAAGUAUAACCGUCAGUUCACCCUCCUUUAAUCGAUCUUUUUAAAUUUUUUGCCUAAUAUUUUUAAAUCAAUAAUUUUAUCAAGAGUUGAAGUGUUAUUUUGUCCCUAAAAUUAUCUUCAUAGCGCUCUCAAAUUGUUUGUAUUAUUGAUAUUUUUAAAAUAGUCAAUUGAUAUAAAGUAAAAGACUUUCGUUGAAAAAUAACAAUAUAAAGUGUAUUAGAUCACCGUGAAUUCUAUUACGUGAUAUAUUUGGAAAGCAGUAAAAAUAUUCGCCAAUAAAUCGCGGACGUGCUGUUUAGUAUUUAAUAGGAUACAAAAUGUCUGACGGGCAUGGGGAGCCGAAUACCCAUAGGAAAGAGAGUGUGGGGGGUGCUAACGUAGCUAGUGAUAGUCCCGUGACAGACCCUGGGCAGGUUCGCGGUGUUAGUACCGAUACCUCCGCCUGCAAGUUUGACGGUCAACGCGGGAAAUCCGGUGCAUUGAAAAAGUCUGCGAGAUACAGAAGCCGGUCCUUAUCCGCCUCCUCCGCCGAUUCCUACAGUUCCACGUCCUAUACUGGGUCCUCGUCAGAUGAAGACGAGGGGGUCCAACCUCACGAGAAGGCUAUCGCUGCCGGCCAGCCGAAUCCCCCGUACUGCGUGCGUAACAUAGAACAGCAUGAUUUCGGUAGGAGGGAGAUAGAGAUCGCUGAACAGGAGAUGCCGGGCAUAAUGGCCUUGAGGGCGAGGGCAAAGGACGAUAAGCCGCUAAAAGACGCGAAGAUAGUAGGCUGCACACACAUUAACGCUCAAACGGCCGUGUUGAUCGAGACCCUGGCUGCUCUGGGCGCGACUGUUCGUUGGGCAGCUUGCAACAUAUACAGCACACAGAAUGAAGUGGCCGCUGCCUUAGCGGAUGCGGGUUACGCUAUAUUCGCGUGGCGUGGCGAGAGCGAGGAGGCGUUCUGGUGGUGUAUAGACCAGUGCUGUACCCCCACUAGCGGCUGGCAACCCAACAUGAUACUAGACGACGGUGGAGACGCCACGCACCUGAUGCUGAAGAAGCACCCGGCCGCCUUCAAACAGAUCAAAGGCAUCGUCGAGGAGAGUGUGACUGGAGUCCACAGACUGUACCAGCUGAGUAAGGCCGGCAAGCUGAGCGUCCCAGCCAUGAACGUCAACGACUCGGUCACCAAGACCAAGUUUGAUAAUCUGUACUCGUGCCGGGAGAGCAUCAUAGACGCCCUCAAACGCAGCACGGACCUGAUGUUCGGCGGCAAGCAGGCGGCCGUGUGCGGGUACGGGGAGGUGGGCAAGGGCUGCUGCCAGGCGCUCAAGGCGCUCGGCUGUGUGGUGUACGUCACUGAGAUCGACCCUAUCUGCGCGCUGCAGGCCGCCAUGGACGGCUUCAGAGUGGUCAAGCUGAACGAGGUGAUAAGACAAGUGGAUAUAGUCAUAACGGCGACGGGGAAUAAGGGCGUGGUCACACGGGACCACAUGGAGAGAAUGAAGAAUGGAUGUGUGGUGUGCAACAUGGGCCACAGUAACACUGAGGUGGAUGUACACGCGCUCAGAACACCUGAUCUCAUGUGGGAGAGGGUCAGGAGUCAGGUGGAUCAUAUAAUCUGGGGUAACGGCAAGCGCAUCGUGUUGCUGGCGGAGGGCCGCCUCGCCAACCUGUGCUGCUCGUCGCUGCCGUCGUUCGUGGUGUCCGUGACGGCCGCCACGCAGGCGCUCGCACUCAUAGAGCUCUACAACGCGCCCGCACACAGAUACAAGGCCGACGUGUAUCUUCUACCGAAGAAAAUGGACGAGUACGUGGCCAGUUUACAUCUACCCACGUUCGACGCACAUCUCACAGAGCUCACAGACGAACAGGCCAAAUAUCUAGGUCUUAAUAAAGUGGGGCCCUUCAAACCUAACUAUUAUAGGUACUAGCGCAAGACUAGGACCUAGCGAGGGUCCGGCUUACUUAUAUAGACUGAAAUUCAAGCUACGUUAUUCUCGUUUCAUAUGCUCUUGAGUUAUUUGAGCUUUGUAGUCUGUGGUUCAGUUAUCGUUUAUGGCAUUGUAGUGUGGGUAGACGUAGAACACGUACACAGUUGCCCGCACCGCGCUCGUCAGCUGAUGCUGGACUGAUUUGGGUUCAAUUUGAUUUACAGAUAGAUCAUGAUGUGGAAAUUCAUAUUAAAUUGGGAUGGUAUUAUGUUAUAUAUACAUUACUUUUCGACAUUAAAAAAAUUCAAUCGGCAUAUUAAUCUUCUUAAGUACACUACCGCUCAGUGAAAUUGCCAUUAAAAUCGGUACCGCCGUAUUGUUCUAUAGAUCACCGCCGACAGACUAACUGACAAAAAAAUUUACAAUUUUUUCUCAUGGCUGCUUAACAUGUGCACUUGGAAAAAAAUAUUUUUUUUUUCAAUCACUACAAACAAACAGUAUUUAUUAUAUUUCAUAUAAAUAUUCUAUAAUUUUAAAAUGAUUUUCUGAAUUCGGAAUUAAAGAUUAAUUGAAUUAAAAACAAAUUACUUUUAAUCUUGUACUAAAUGUUCUUUUUUAUUUAUAUAUUUAAAAUUUUGGUUUAAGACCGUUUCUUAAACAAGAAAGUAUUUAAGAUUCUCUAAAGCAUUGUUCUAAAAACGCUUGCCUUUGGUAAAUAAAAAAAAAAAACUGCAAACGUCUGUAUCUGAUUGGAAUGAGUUUGACAUAAGUGUCGAUUCAAUUUGACAAUCUCGUAACGGAGCUCUCCUAUUGGUGGAUUCUGGUAAAUCUGUGAUGUGAUACAAAAUUUGAAAAUGGAAUGAAGUCUAUCUACGGUAAGUCGUUUAGAUGUAGCUCGUUAGUAUAGAUGGCGUUCUUAAUUUAAGUUGAUUUUUUUUCGUGUAACAGUCGUUUUUUACGAAACAGAUAACAUAAUUAUCAUUUCGUUAUAACAUAGGGUUAGGUUAUUGUUUUGUGAUAAAAAAUGUACAAAUAGUGAAGGGAGGUCUUUCCCUGUUACUUUUAAUAUAUUUGCCACCAGUUUUUUUUUAUUUUAGAAAUAGUUUAAAUUAUCGUUUAUAGAUAUGUUUCAGUAUUAGAAAUGUUAGGUUUUUUUUUAAUGUAUUUUUUUAGUGAAAAUUUAUACAUUUUUUUUAUGUAAACGGAUAAUUAUAAUUUGUCAUUUCCAGAAUACCAUUCCUAAAAAGUUACAAAUUCUCUUUAUUUUUUUUUUUUUUUUACUUUUUUAACGUUACAAGUGUUGUUUAUUGCAUGAAAUUAUGAUUAUUUAAAUUAAAUUAAAAAAAUAUAUUAUGAUUUGAAGAAAAAAAAGUUGGUUUUCAUGUAUUUCUGAACGAAAAACAAUACCAUCGAAAUGUAGUCGCUUAGUUGUGGAUUUGUAAAUAAAUAUAUUAAAAAAAAUCAGUUUGAAUGUAUGUACAGAUAUAAAAUAAGAAUUAGUAUAGCAUUAACUGACGGGAAUAUGUCGAUUGGUUUAGCUUAGAUUUGAGUUAAUUUUACUAUUUACUUGUUCCGCUUCAACACCUAACGAAAAAAAGUGAUUGCUUUUGUUCAACAAUUAUUUUUAUAUAUACAUUUAAAUAUAUAAAACAUCAACUCUAUCGGUUAUUACUUAUUACCAAGUGUAUAAAACCUUUAUUGAUUUAGACAUUGACAUGACGUUAAAAAUUUUGACAGCUAACUUUAGGCGGGAAAAUAAUGAUGUAAUUUUAUUGAUUUCAAGAGUGUCUUUAUUGUGUUAGUUACGUUUAAUUAUAAUGGCCAGGUAAACGAGUGCUCCCUGUUAGAUUUACAAGCUAUCAUUAGUGGUGAGACGCCUAAACCGUGUAAUUAGUAUUGGUAUAAGAAAUUGUUGCCAUGUUUUAAUAAAUAACUCGGAAAAUA